AUGCCAAGACCCAAUCCAUUCCUUCGUCGCGCCUCGUCUCCGGGCGACCUCUCUGACGAACGCAAGCCAAUCACUCCCACAAAGAUCACCCACCCGUCUCUGUCUGACUCUGCACUCCGAAUCCGCAGACCAGUCACCUUCCGGCAUGCUCAAACAAGGACGAUGAGCAUUCGUCCAACCCGCUUCAUCAAGGCUGGACCACCAACUCCCCAAGGCGAUCCGACUUCCCUGUCCGAAGAAAUGCAGUCCUUUGUCCGACUCUUCGACACAUACAGUCACAAGGUCUACCUUGAAGGAUAUCUCAUGAAACACAACGAGCCUAGUCACACAAAACUACGGACCAAAUGCUUUGCUGAACUUUGUGGUCCCAUGCUCACCCUCUGGGAUGCAGAAAGCCAAGGCCUGUGCACACCUCAGUAUAUGACCAUCUCCGACUGCACCGUCCAGGCCAUCGAACAGCCUGCGCUUGACGAACCUAAAAAGAAAAAACAUGUCUUCUCCAUCUGCUUCAUGAAGAAGACCGUGGUGUUUGAGACCUCUGACGAAAUGACCCUCUUGCGGUGGGUAUGUGCCCUCCGACUCUCAUGCUUUGAACACCAAAAAUUGCACCAACUCUUUACUCUCCGCAUUCUGGCCGGACUUCCACAUGAUCCAACCUCCCGUUGGGAAUCUUAUCUCCAGGUUCGCUUACCAGGUGCAACCGAGUGGCAUAAAUACUGGGCAGUCGUCACAGACAAACGAGACGAACGCACCUUGUUUGGCAAGAAGACAGUUGCAACAAGGGGUCAGUUCUUGUUGUACGAGACCAAGAAAGCCAAGACCCCUUUUCUGACCCUAACAGAUGUCCAGCGCGUCUAUGCUGUCUACCCAGAGUCAUGGCAUCUAAUCGACAAAAGCACUCUUAUGCGCCUCGAAGGAGACAUUCACCAGCAGCAUCACAAACAAACUCAGGACAACGUGCUCCUGAUGGCUGAUUCUAGUCAGCAUAUGGCCCUAUGGUUAGACGCCAUGCUCCAUGCAUUUAAGCUUCACGGACGGCCUGACCAGCUUACCGACGACCCUUCGGACGAAAAGGCACUCAACUAUGGCGAGCCUGAAUGCAACCAGCGCCUAUUCUUGGAAACAGACGACGCCAUCCAGGCUAUGGAUGUAAGCUGGAUCGACCCACGCACGAUCGAACACACAUUUUUGGAUGUAAUGCGCCGCAAAUCGCUUGCCCUGACAGCCAGUCCACGACCGCCGAGUGGACGAGCCAACAGCUUGCCGCUCAUAACUGUCGGCGACGAUGGACGAACAACGGCCACAAGUGCGGCAGAAGUUGUGCUGGCCAGAGAUGAUACCAGUUGGACGCAUCCAGGCACGACAGACGGUGCCAGUGACGACGACAGCACAACAUACACAUUUGCUCGUCAGGUCGCUGACUCGAGCGAUGAAAGCGAAGACGAUGAUGGAAACGACGAAGAAGAAGAAGACGACGACAGCGACGAUGAGCCGAUUGGAAAGACACGGCAGUUAUCGAGACCAGUGUCGCCUGUUCCCAAAAAAUCGAUGGUCGAAGGACUCAUCCCAGACUUUGACUUUGGAAACGGAUUUGAUGUUCCUCGACAUGUGCAGCACCGAAGAGAGAGCGAGAGUACGGUCGAGAUCAGCUUACCCUCGUCGGACAAUGUAGAGCCACCAACAACCCACAGCCGACAGCUGUCAUUAUCAGCCAAGCCGUCGUCUUGUGCAUCGAGUGCGAGUGCAGUAACUUCGCUAUUUGGGGAUUUUAGAUUGGCAACUGAUUUCACAAAGUAUCUCGACCAGCCUUUGGUUAAGGACACUCCUCGCAAGACUCCUUCCAAACUAGUCCAACCCCACCCCUUAGUAUCGUAUGAUCGUGAAUGGGAGGAAGAAAAGAGCGAAAGUGAAGGCGAGUAUGCCAAGCGGCAUGCCUACGAUGACGAUUCGUACGACUCUGAUUGCGACGGGCCUUUGAUUCCUUCGCUGGGCGACCACUUUGCGCCUCAGAACAGCUUGCUGGACACAUAUCUGGGCGAGCAGCUCAGUGCCAAAGAACAGAUUGAAUAUGCACGUGCAACUGGACAGCCCUUCAUUCAGAUGCCAGCCAAGCCACGCACACCCCAAGCCGGGCUCAUUGGUAUGAUAUCCCAGCGAGAAAAGGACCGCCGGGAAGGCCAUGGCAUCCGGGUCACUGAACGGGUGCAUCAGCAUCAAGCCGAGCUAGGCCGGGAUCGGCUUGAGCGUGAAAAAGAGCGCAGACUUGCUGAACAGCGUCAACAACAGCUUAUGAAACAUCAGAUGAUGCUCUAUGCUACUAGUUAUAUGCCAUUGCCAGCUUAUGGCAUGCCUCUCACACCUCUCUACACUGUUCUUCCACGCCCUGUUCGUGGGCAUCUCAUUCCACCACCACCCCGACCCUUUCCGCUCGAUCAAGAUCAUCGAAUCCCCCUCCGGACUCCUAACAAUGAGCGUGUAUAA